AUGAGGGACUACAAGCGGAUACCAUGGGCAGGUAAUGGCUUGGCAUCCUCCUCCUCACUCUUCACCUUCCUGCCUGAAGCUCCGGAGCCGCAGCAGACGUUUCCAGAUCUGCCCUUGGUGACCGUGCCAGAGGAAUCAGGAUCCCAAGACGAGAGCUUUCAGCUCGGUGACUGGCUGGUCAGCCGGGAGCUCCUUGUGGCUUUUCAGCUUGCCGAAAGAGAAGCUCGCGGAUACGGGCACUUCUGCAUCGGAGAGGAGGCUCUUGUCCUGGGCAUGCUGGCGAACCGUUCCCUCGCAGAAGACCUUUGUGGCCGCAAGCUGAGGUCCAUGGUGAAGACCAUGGCCAAGAUGGCCCUUACGCAUGCAGAUGAGCCAUUGGCAGAUGUUUUCUCUUCAAGCUCGCCGUGGCUGCACUCUGGAUCCAGCAAGUUUAUGCUGAGCCACGGGGUGCAUGCAGCUCUGGAUGAGGCCUCCGCUUGGAAACGGCUCCUCCAGCACACGGGUGCUCUGCAGAUAGAGCAUUUGGCAUUGGCCUUGUUGGGUCAGUAUCGCUUGGAUGGCGUCCGAGCCAACUAUCGGGUGCUGGGCCAUUUGCUCGAGUCUUUCGGCUUGCAGGCGAUGGACGCGAAGCGCGCAGUCCUCGAGCGGUUGCCGGGCACGACUGCAAGGAACCAUGCUGCUGCUACAGAGCUUAUUAGCCAAGCGCUGCGAAAAGGCUCAGGUGUGGCUCUUGCAUCGAAAUCUUCGCAGAUCUGGCCGUGCCUCCUUGCGAGCUCACUGGAGCGAAUGACCUGCGGCUUCAAAGAGCGCGCUGUGGAAGCAAAGAUUCUGCUGCUGGCUGCCAUUGCAGGUGAGCACGUGCUGCUUCUAGGCCCGCCCGGAACCGGAAAGAGCAUGCUGGCAAGGCGCCUGGCAUCUGUCUGCGACGGGCAGUAUUUUGAACGUCUGCUGACUCGGUUCACCCUUCCGGAAGAGGUUUGGGGGCCACUGUCCCUUCAAGCCUUAGAAAGAGAGGACCGGCUGAUGCGACAAACCGCUGGAUAUCUCCCGGAGGCAGAGGUCGCAUUCUUAGACGAAGUGUUCAAGGCAUCUCCCGGUGUGCUAAAUUCCCUCAUGUCAAUCCUGAACGAAAGGGUCUUUGACAAUGGGAGCGAGCGCCAUGAAAUACCACUAUGGUGCAUGGUCGGUGCAUCAAACGAACUGCCAGAGAGUGACGUGCUGGAUGCUCUGUACGACCGCUUCCUCCUGAGGAAGAUGGUCGGCCAUGUUUCGGACAGCCAGUAUCAUAGUUUCCUUGUAGAUGAGUUGGCCACUCCGAGUUCUACCACAGCCUCUUCUGAGUCCAGUCGGGACAAGAUUAUUGAUUGCCACCUUUGCCGUCAAGCCUGCAGCUGUGCAUCUCAGCAGGUCAAGGUGCCUCAGCGUUUGCUGAAGCUACUGGCUGACCUGCGAGAGUACCUUCAGCAUCGAGCGGCUUGGCCCGUCCUCCUGUCUGACCGUCGGCUCGCGAAGGCAACACGCUUGCUUCAGAUCGCAGCCUUCACCUGCGGAGGCGUCGAAGUUUCGGAGCUGGAUCUACUUCUGCUUCAGCACGUCUUCUGGGACAGGCCUGAGCAAGGGGAGCAGGUCCGAGACUGGCUCAUAAACUGCCGCUCGCACGGAGAAGACGAAGAGGAGGCUCUCGCCGUCGCGCAGAAGAGCCUGAACCGGAUUCGGGACCAGCUCCCCGGGCCGGGGCCGGGCAGGUUUCCCGUGAGGAGCCGCAUGAAGAAGGACCUCGCCAUGCUGCGCCGUUUCGUGGAGGGCAAGCUACACAGCUGGUGUCAGGCAGAGGCGUCCGUGAAACAUCGACUGGACAUCCUGGGACGAAAGCAAGAGGCGACCUUCAGCUGGCUCGAGGGUGGAGAUGUGCAAGACAUGGCUGCUGCGUUGCUCGCACAGGCCAGGCGUCUCGCCGGCUUCGCUGCGUCCGUGUUGACGCAGGCGGCUGCUCUCGGAGCGUCGCUCGAACACGCCGAGGCACAGCAUGAAGGCACCUCUGCAGUCGUUCCGCUCUCUUUUGGCGAUUUGGGUGACUGGGGCGGCGAGUCAGACGAAGGCUUCGAGAGUCCUGGCUGCAAGGUUUCGAAAGUCUUCGGAAUUGGCGCGGGCUACUAG